GUCCUAUUCUCUACCACACACGGUCCCGAGCCGGAGCAGAGGCAACAUUCCUUCCCGCUCCUGCAGGAUGAAGCUGGUGGUGAGAGUGAUAGCAUUGUUACUGGUGGGGGUGGUGUCCGCGGCCGAACUACCAACGGAGCAGGCUACGGUGCAAGUGACGCUGCAGCAGGGCGCUAUCACGGGAUCGCGAGAGGAGGCAAUCAACGGUCGUGUGUACUACAGUUUCAAAAGCAUCCCCUACGCCAAGCCACCUGUUGGUCCUCUUCGCUUCAAGAACCCAGAGCCUGCCGACCCAUGGAGCGGCGUCAGGAACGGUUCGCUGCCCAUCCCCAAGUGUCCGCAAACUUCAAUAUUUAUUCUAGGACGCCAUCCCAUUGAGGGUCAGGAAGACUGUCUCUACCUUAAUGUUUACACACCACAGCCAUACUUAUCCAACCUGCCCGUGAUGGUGUAUAUUCACGGCGGAGCCUUUCUGGUCGGUACAGCUGCAGAAGGAGGUUCACCAGCACCACUGAUGCAGAAAGACAUUGUAUUGGUUACCAUGAACUACCGCCUGGGCGCCUUAGGCUUCCUCUCAACGGAAGACAGUGUAUUGCCUGGUAAUCUUGGUCUCAAGGACCAGACUCUGGCCCUCCAGUGGGUGCAGGACAACAUUAUGAACUUCGGCGGCGACCCUAACCAAGUCACCAUCUUCGGGAUUAGUGCCGGAGGAAUCUCGGCCCACCUCCACGUCCUUUCUCCAAAUUCAGUCGGACUGUUCCACCGAGCCAUCAUGCAGUCAGGCACAGCACUUCUCGCCACUAUCACCUCACCUAGAAGGGGUGCAAUCAGCAUCAGCAAGGCGCUCAACUGUUCUGGACCUACAGAGAGUCAUCAGCUCUUGGAAUGCUUUAAGAACGCUACCAUGGAGGACUUGGUGGAGGCUCAAAAUAGCCUUAACGAGUGGUACGAUCUACCACUGACCGUUGGUCCCUGUGUGGAUGGUUCCUUUCUUCCUCAACACCCAGCCUCUCUACUCAGGCUUGCCCGCUACAACGACAACGUGGAUAUAAUGACUGGCACGGUGCACGAUGAGGGUAACCUGAUCACGGCAGGACUCUUCAGCAAGGCAGGAGAGGAAGCACUACAGCAGCUGAACGACAACUUUAAUAAGGUGGGGCCAAUCCUACUUGGGGUGACAAAUGAGGAGAAUCCAGUGUACCUGGCUCGACGUGUGUUCCUCAGAUACAUGAGCGACCUCAACGUGACGAUGGACGAUGAACCUGCUCUGACGAAACUUAUCGGGGACCAAGCCUUUACGACUCAUAGUCUCCAGUCAGCAGGCUUCCACGCCAAAAGAACAAGCAGCAAAACUUUCAUGUAUGAACUUCAACAAACCCUCGAGAAGCCCAUCAUGUCAUUAUUCACGAACACAUCCAUCGAAAGGGAAAUGGCGGGACACGGGGACGACAUAUUGUAUCUGUUCCAGUUCCCAGAGUUCCUGGAGCCCCUACAUCGUCCACAGGACCUCCAUGUACAAGAGACCUUCCUCACUCUCUGGACCAAUUUUGCCUCCACAGGGAACCCAACCAUCAAUGGCGAUCUGGGCUUCAGGUGGGCUCCAGUGACACCCAGUGAUCCUCUCCGCUAUUUGUCUAUCACCACCACGCCCACCAUGCAGCAGGCGGACAGAUCGCUUCUGAAUUUCUGGAAUUCUUUGCCAACUGAAACCACCAAGCUACUCUACCCGGAGCUGUUCCUUCAAGAUGUAAAACAGGAGCUCUGACCACACUGCCUCAGCCUUCUGCGCACCCCAGCAGUGACGCCGAGCAAACACUGAUUUGCUGGUUAUUCAAUUUUGAUCAGUAGGGCAACACACGCCAGAAGUGUGCAUACUAAACAAACAAACAAAUUAACACAAAUAUAUAAAUAAUAAAAUAACUCAAAACUUAUGUGUGUGGGUGGAAAUCACUCACAACCUAUUGACAAUCUUGUGGAUUGCGGAGUCUCGAAAGCUUGACUCCAGAGCAAAAGUUUACAAUAAAUGCUGAUUCUUGUUUUCA